CAGGCCCGCUCCGCCUCCCUUCCCGGCUACGGCGUGGGGCUGUGGACUGACUGCUCCGGCUGCUGCUGCCUCGGUACCAGCAGCCUGUGGUCAUGGGGCAGGAGCCGCGAACUCUGCCGCCCUCCCCCAAUUGGUACUGUGCCCGCUGCAGCGACGCUGUGCCCGGGGGCCUUUUUGGCUUUGCGGCACGGACCUCAGUCUUCCUGGUCCGCGUGGGCCCGGGCACCAGCCUUGGAACGCCCCCGUUUCGAGUAAUAGGGGAGUUGGUGGGACACACUGAAAGAGUCUCUGGCUUCACGUUUUCUCAUCACCCUGGUCAAUACAAUCUCUGCGCUACCAGCUCCGAUGAUGGGACUGUGAAAAUCUGGGAUGUAGAGACAAAAAUAGUUGUGACAGAACAUGCACUCCAUCAGCAUACAAUAUCAGCAUUGCAUUGGUCUCCUCGAGUGAAGGACUUAGUGGUAUCUGGAGAUGAAAAAGGAGUAGUUUUCUGUUACUGGCUUAAUAGAAAUGAUAGCCAGCACCUCUUUAUAGAGCCCAGGACAAUUUUCUGUCUUACCUGUUCACCUCAUCAGGAAGAUUUAGUAGCCAUUGGCUACAAAGAUGGCAUAGUGGUUAUAAUUGACAUCAGUAAGAAAGGAGAAGUUAUUCACAGACUUCGAGGCCAUGAUGAUGAAAUCCACUCCAUAGCAUGGUGUCCCCUUCCUGGUGAAGACUGUUUAUCCAUAAAUCAAGAGGAAAAUUCAGAAGAACCUGAAAUUCUCAAUGGGAAAAUUAUAACACAAACUCCAGUACCAAAAGGCUGCUAUUUAGCCACUGGAAGCAAAGAUCAGACCAUCCGAAUCUGGAGCUGCUCUAGAGGCCGAGGCGUGAUGACUUUGAAAUUGCCCUUUCUGAAAAGAAGAGGAGGGAGUAUGGACCCAACUGUUAAAGAACGCCUGUGGCUGACACUCCAUUGGCCCAGUGAUCAGCCAACACGGCUGGUAUCCAGCUGUUUUGGAGGAGAACUUCUACUAUGGGAUCUCACCCAGUCUUGGAGACGAAAAUAUACCCUCUUUAGCACUUCAUCAGAAGGGCAGAAUCAUUCAAGAAUUGUGUUUAAUUUAUGUCCUUUACAAACUGAGGACAACAAACAGCUGCUGCUUUCUACAUCAAUGGAUAGAGAUGUAAAAUGUUGGGACAUGGCCACCCUGGAGUGCUGCUGGACUCUUCCUUCCCUUGGUGGGUUUGCCUAUAGUCUGGCCUUCUCUCCUGUGGACAUAGGCUGUUUGGCCAUAGGCGUUGGAGAUGGCAUGAUUCGCAUAUGGAAUACACUCUCCAUAAAGAACAACUAUGACAUGAAAAUUUUUUGGCAGGGUGUCAAGUCCAAAGUUACAGCACUAUGCUGGCACCCAACCAAGGAAGGUUGCUUGGCCUUUGGAACUGAUGAUGGAAAAGUGGGAUUGUAUGACACCUAUUCCAACAAACCUCCACAGAUUUCUAGCACAUAUCAUAAGAAGACUGUGUACACUUUAGCCUGGGGACCACCAGUACCCCCUAUGUCACUGGGAGGAGAAGGAGACAGACCUUCCCUUACCUUAUACAGCUGUGGAGGGGAAGGGAUUGUCUUACAGCAUAACCCCUGGAAGCUUAGUGGAGAGGCUUUUGACAUCAACAAACUCAUCAGGGACACGAAUUCAAUCAAAUACAAAUUGCCUGUACACACAGAGAUCAGUUGGAAAGCAGAUGGCAAAAUCAUGGCUAUUGGCAAUGAAGAUGGAUCAAUAGAAAUAUUUCAGGUUCCCAACUUGAAACUGAUCUGCACCAUCCAGCAGCAUCACAAGCUUGUGAAUACUAUAAGCUGGCAUCGUGAGCAUGGCAGCCAGCCAGAGUUGAGCUAUCUGAUGGCCUCUGGGUCCAACAAUGCUGUCAUUUAUGUGCACAAUCUGAAGACUGUCAUAGAGAGCAAUCCUGACUCUCCAGUGACCAUUACAGAACCCUACCGAACCCUCUCAGGACACACAGCCAAGAUUACUAGUCUGGCUUGGAGCCCACAUCAUGAUGGAAGGCUGGUAUCUGCUUCCUAUGAUGGUACAGCCCAGGUGUGGGAUACUCUCCGGGAAGAGCCUCUAUGCAAUUUCCGAGGACAUCGAGGUCGACUUCUUUGUGUGGUAUGGUCCCCGUUGGAUCCAGACUGCAUCUACUCAGGGGCAGAUGACUUCUGUGUGUACAAAUGGCUUACUUCUAUGCAAGACCAUUCCCGGCCUCCUCAAGGCAAGAAAAGUAUUGAAUUAGAGAAAAAAAGGCUCUCUCAACCUAAGCCAAAACCCAAAAAGAAGAAAAAGCCAACCUCGAGAAUGCCUAUAAAACAGGAAUCAUUUGAUGGGAAUGAAGAAGAGAGCAUAAAGGAGAACUCAGGACCUGUUGAAAAUGGUGUAUCAGACCAGGAGGGUGAGGAGGAAGCACUGGAGCCAGAGCCACCCUGUAGCCUCGCUUCAGUGGUUUCUAGAGAACCAGUUAUCUACCCUCCAGAUUCCUUAGGCCCUGAAAAGUCAAAAGUCACCGUUAAUAACAAAGUCACUUUACUAAAAAAGGAGCCACCUAAAGAGAAGCCAGAAGCCUUAAUCAAGAAGAGAAAAGCUCGUUCCAUGCUUCCACUGAGUACAAGUCUGGACCACAGAUCUAAAGAGGAACUUCAUCAGGACUGUUUGGUACUAGCAACUGCAAAACAUUCCAAAGAGUUAAAAGAAGAUGUGUCUGCUGAUCUUGAGGAAAGAUUUCACCUGGGGCUUUUCACAGACAGGGCUACCCUGUACAGGAUGAUUGAUGUUGAAGGAAAAGGUCACUUGGAAAAUGGCCACCCAGAAUUAUUUCACCAGCUCAUGCUUUGGAAAGGCGAUUUAAAAGGUGUUCUUCAGACUGCAGCAGAAAGAGGGGAGCUGACAGACAAUCUCGUGGCUAUGGCACCAGUAGCUGGCUACCACAUGUGGCUAUGGGCUGUGGAAGCUUUUGCCAAACAGUUGUGUUUUCAGGAUCAGUAUGUCAAGGCUGCCUCUCACCUGCUUUCCAUCCACAAAGUAUAUGAAGCUGUAGAGCUGCUCAAGUCAAACCAUUUCUACAGGGAAGCUGUUGCAGUUGCCAAGGCCCGGCUGCGCCCAGACGACCCAAUCCUAAAGGACCUGUACCUCAGUUGGGGAGCCAACCUAGAAAAAGAUGGUCAUUAUGCCAUGGCAGCCAAAUGUUAUUUAGGGGCCACUUCCACUUAUGAUGCAGCCAAAGUUUUGGCCAAAAAGGGGGAUGCAGCAUCACUCAGAACAGCUGCCGAGUUGGCUGCAAUCGUAGGAGAGGAAGAAUUGUCUGCUUCACUGGCUCUCCGGUGUGCACAAGAGCUGCUUCUGGCCAGGAACUGGGUGGGCGCCCAGGAGGCCCUGCAGCUCCAUGAAAGUCUAAAGGGUCAAAGACUGGUGUUUUGCCUCCUUGAGCUACUUUCCAAGCAUCUGGAGGAAAGGCAAUUUUCAGAGUGCAAAAGCUCUUCCCCUUCUUACCAUGAUUGGACCACAGGCACUGAAGGGCCCUUCGUGGAGAGGGUGACGGCAGUGUGGAAGAGCGUCUUUGGCCUUGAAAGCCCACUGCAGUUCCAGACAGCACUUCAGAAGCUACAAAGCAUCGAGUACCCUUCUGCUACAAAUAACACUCCCUCCAAACAGCUCCUGCUUCACAUCUGCCAUGACUUGACCUUGGCAGUGCUGAGCCAAGAGGUGGCUGCCUGGGAUGAGGCCGUGAAAGCACUACUUCGGGCGUGGUUCCGGAGCUAUGACGCCGGCAACUUCACCAUCAUGCAGGAAGUCUGCUCAGCCUUUCUUCCUAAGGGCUGUGACCACCUAAGAGCCAAACUGGGAUCCCCCGACACACCAGCUUUCAAAAGUUUGGAGGCCUUUUUUAUUUACGGGCGUCUGUAUGAAUUUUGGUGGUCUCUCUCCAGGCCUUGCCCCGAAUCCAGUGUCUGGGUAAGGGUUGGUCACAGAAGGAAGAACUCUGUUGAGGAAAGACAGUAUUUGGACAAUGCCAGUCCUGAAGAAUCUGACCCUGAAGCUUCUUCUCAGCCAGAGCCAAGUGAGCCUGCAGACUUGAGACUCACAGAAGAAAGUGAACAAAUGCUGAAUGCUUGUAAUGAGCUCUUUUCAGAAAAGCAUGCCAGUCUCCAGAACUCACAGAGAACCAUUGCUGAAGUCCAGGACACCUUGGCAGAAAUGAUUCGCCAGCACCAGAAGAGUCAGUUCUGUAAAUCCUCAGUGAAUGAUCCUGAAAGGAAUGAACCUGAGCAGGAAGCAGAAAGGUCCCCCUCUAACCCUCAGAGCCAGUGUAAAGAAGAAAAAAAUGAACCAGUUUCUCUGCCUGAAUUAACCAAAAGGCUUACAGAAGCAAAUGAGAAAAUGGCUAAGUUUCCUGAGAGUAUUAAGAACUGGCCCUUCCCAGAUGUGCUGGAGUGCUGCCUCGUCCUGCUUCACAUUGGGUCCCAGUGUCCUGGCUGGGUGACCCGGGAAAUGCGGCAACAGGCCCAACAGCUCCUUCAGAAAUAUGGCAGCACUCAAGUUUACAAAAGACACUGCCAGACUUUCUCCAUAUGAACUUUCAAGGACCUCUCAACAACGGCUAAAUUCAAAACGUUCGACACCUUUCACCUCUGCAUUUAUACCUCAGCAGACAUUCACGCUGAUCCCGCGAUGCUUUUGCAGUGAUCCAAAACAGUACAAAUGGAUUUCAAGUUUAAAUCAGCUCUACCCUUAGACACAAUGGAAUCUGACUAGUUUUAGAGUUCGAACCUUUGGAUUUAGUUAUGGUUUCCUGCUGGAGGACAGAUAAUGAAAAGCCAGCAGUAGUUACUCAGAAGACUGCAGAGUAAUUGCUGGUUAUCUCUAAAUUAGCCUUAUGUGGGUUUCACCCAAAGAGGAGAAACAUUUUUUAAUCACCCAAAGAGUUAUGUUCUCAAACACAAGCUACCUUUAUAAAAACUUCACCUUAUCAUAUACAUGUCAUUCUUGUUAGAAUGGUUGCAUCUUAUGACUAUUGAUACAGUUUUUUAAAUUGUGUUUUAAUUAAGCCAGGCUCUCCCCCUCCACUUUUUCAAAGAUUGAAGUUUGAAUAUGAAAUAGGCCUUACCCAUCAUGUGAACUAUUUACUCUCUAUGUGAAUUUUAGGUUGAAAAUUUGUUUUUUUGGUUUUCGCGGUUUUUUGUUUUGUUUUGUUUUUUAAUAUAAUUGCUUAUUUGGAUAAAUCACUAAAGCUUUAGAAGAACAAAUGAGUAACUCAAACAUGUUUUCUCCCUUCAGUUUUGUAAGAAAUGACUGUUGAUCAAAUAGCUCAGGAAGAAAUUGUGUAUCAGUGGUUAGUAAUCUUUUUUGGAUCAUAGAAUCCUUCGAGAAUUAGAUUUAAGCCACAGCUAUUCUGAAGAAAAAAGCACAUUCCUAGUUUUGCAUAAAUGACUUGGAUCACUGAAUGCCAGCUUUAGCAUAAUGGAAACCUACAUACUAUUUUAUAAAUCCUUGUCCUUAUUUUUCUCCCUAAUAAGCAUUCUCUUGAGGUCUGUUCUCUUUGGUUAUGUAAAUACUUGAACAAUGUCAGGCACAGAUGUUUCUAUAAUAUCCCAGUUGCUGUGACUUAAAAAUCAGACAUUCUGAGGUGGGGUUGGUAAGGAACACUCCUUCCCAGUAGAUGAAGUAUUUUCUUCUGGGAUUCAUUGUGAAGGCUUUUCUGCAUGAGUGUCCAGUUUAAUUUUCAUUUUGUUACUAGAGUUGGGGUUGGGUUGUUGUGGACAACAGGAAUGAAAUUCAUUAAUGGGAACUCUCUAGGCAGAUUUCAGAGACCUGAUUUUUUUAUUCUAGCUAGUUGGAGUUUAAAAAUACUAUACUCUAAAAUGGAAAUAUUGUAAAAUUGAGACCCUCAUUCUUUAUACACUUGAGUGAACUAUAAAUAACAAGAGGAUGCACUGAUACCAGGGGGCUGGAAACUCUUGUUGCUAAGAUAGAAGUAGGGAUGGCUAGGUGGAGAACUGAAUACCGGUUCUACAAUCUUGGCUAAAAUGAACAAUGUAAUGUUCAAACAUAGAAAAACAGUUUAUUCCCUUUCACUUGAGCAGAACAGUAUUAAACUAGAAACUCUAAAUGCUCUUAACUCCUUUAUACUCUACCAAAUCCAUUACCUGUGGCUAGAGGAAUCUUACACACUUCAGUUACUGUGUUGGUAAGAACAAGAAUUAUUACUUGACAGCUAAGCAAUAUAACUACCCAGUAGCAUAAUCGAAAUGACAAAACUCAAUUUCCUCUUAAACUCUUCUCUUUCCAAUACCAAGUAAUAUAUUCAAGCUAUUGUAAUUUAUUUUCUCCCUGAUUAUCAGAACUACAAAGAGCCAAAGCACUGAAAGAAUCAAGCUUCCAAAUGGAUGAAAUAUAUCAAGCAAUUCAGGAAUCAUUUUUGGUCCUUUUAUCCCAUCCAAUUUUAUUUCUAAUAUCUCUCCCCUACCUCCAACAGUAGUCCACACGACCAUCUACCAUCUCAAUUAGCCAGAUGACAGCAAUCACGUUAUAAUAUGUCUCUCUGAAUCUGCCAUCUUGUCUAUCACUAAUUCUCCAUAUGGCAGUCACUGCUCUAAAAUGGAAAUCAGAUCUUGUCAAUUCCCUGCUUAAGCCUUUCAGUAGUUUCCCACUCUCUUAGGAAAAAAGACAAAAAUCUUGAAUGUGACUUAAAAGACACUGCCUGAUCCAGGCUUUACCUCUUGGCUUCUUCUCAGGACACUCAUUGUUGCUUCUAGAUUCCAGCCACACUGGUGUCUUAGCUGCUAGAAUCCAAGUUACCUUGUCACUCCAGGGUCUUUAUCCAUGUUGUUCCUCUGCCUGGUUCACUGUAAAUUUUCUGUCUUUCAGAUCUCAGCUUAAAUGUCCUUUCUCUAAAGACUCUGAACCUCAGCCUCAAUGACAUCAGUAUCUUGUAUUUUUCUUUACUAAGAUUUCACAGAUCAUAUUUGUGUGGAUUAUUUACUAUCUGGUAACACAGGGCAAUUGUAAGCCCCAAAGAGAGCAGAAAUUAUGUCUAAUAUGUAUUUUAUUCUUUCCUAGCAUCUAUUACAGUGUCUACUAGGUGCUCAAUGAAAUUUUAUUGACUAAUAAACUAGGAAACUGAAGGAAA